AUGAAUGAGCAUUAUGAUGUAAUUAUCUUGGGAACAGGACUUAAGGAAUGUAUUCUAAGUGGCCUUUUGUCACAUUAUGGUAAAAAAAUUCUAGUUCUUGAUAGAAACCCAUAUUAUGGCGGAGAAACUGCUUCUCUUAAUUUGACGAACUUAUAUAACACCUUUAAGCCACGUGAAAUGAUUCCAAGCAAGUAUGGAGAAAACAGACAUUGGAAUGUUGAUCUUAUUCCCAAAUUUAUUUUAGUUGGAGGAAAUUUGGUGAAAAUUUUAAAAAAAACAAGAGUAACAAAUUAUUUAGAAUGGCUAGUUGUUGAAGGAUCUUAUGUAUAUCAACAUCAAAAAAAAAGUUUGUUGUUUUCGGAAAAAUUUAUACAUAAAGUUCCAUCAACAGAUAUGGAAGCAUUAGUAUCACCAUUAUUGUCGUUAAUGGAAAAAAAUCGAUGUAAAAAUUUUUACCAGUAUGUUAGUGAAUGGAAUGCUAAUGAUAAAAGUACUUGGGAUAACUUAGAUCCAUAUAGAUUGAGUAUGAUGGAUAUAUAUAAGUAUUUUAAUUUAUGCCAGUUAACUAUUGAUUUCUUAGGGCAUGCUGUUGCAUUAUAUUUAAAUGAUGAUUAUUUAAAACAACCAGCAUAUAUAACAUUAGAAAGAAUAAAAUUAUACAUGCAUUCUAUUUCAGCUUUUGGUAAAUCACCAUUUAUAUAUCCAUUAUAUGGACUUGGUGGAAUACCAGAAGGGUUUUCACGAAUGUGUGCAAUAAAUGGAGGUACAUUUAUGCUUAAUAAGAAUGUGACUGAUUUUAUAUAUAAUGAUAAUAAACAAGUAUGUGGUAUAAAAUCCAGUGAUGGAGAAGUUGCAUAUUGUGAUAAGGUCAUUUGUGAUCCAAGUUAUGUUAUGCAUUUAGAAAAUAAAAUUAAAAAGAUUGGGCAAGUUAUUAGAUGCAUAUGUAUAUUAAGUAACCCAAUACCAGAAACAAAUGAUAUUAAUAGUUGUCAAAUUAUUAUACCACAAAAUCAAUUAAAUAGAAAGAGUGAUAUAUAUGUUAACUUAGUUUCAUUUCAACAUGGUGUUUCAUAUAAAGGCAAAUAUAUAGCCAUUGUUUCAGCUACUGUUGAAACUAACAACCCAACAAAAGAAAUUGAAAAGGCAUUGGAAUUGUUAGGACCAAUUGACGAAAAGUUUAUUAAAAUAUCAGACUUAUAUGUAUCCACAAAUCCAAAGCCAAAGGAUAAUAUAUUUGUUACAUCCUCCUAUGAUGCAACAUCACAUUUUGAAACCGCAACAAAUGAUCUCUUAGAAAUAUGGGAAAAUCUAUGGGGACAAAAAUUAAACUUUGAUGACUUGAAUAAAAAUGAUAUCGAGCUAUGA